AUGUCGAAUUCGUUCGCAAAAUUCAACAUGCAAGUCGAAGAACUAGAUUAUGAAACUCUGGAAGCAGAAGAGUGGAGAGAUCCUGUGCCACCCAGACAGGAACAACAACUUGGUGAGGCUGAAGAAGCUCAGGCUUGGAAGGAGGAUUUAACAAAUAAUGCUAUUCCUAGAAAUAACAUGCCAGACGAUGUUUGGCUGAUUCCUCCUAACAUGAAAGCGCAAGAUAUUUUAGGCGAAAAAAGGUGUACCAUGGAGUUAAUAAAGAGAUCAACAAAUACACAUAUGCAAUAUAAUGAAAAAGAUGCGACAAUUGAAUUGUGGGGGACGCGAGCCGAUAUUGAUCAGGCGAUUAAACAGUGGAAUUCAUUGGCUUCAAAUCUUUUGCUGGACCAAGAACGCAAAAGUAAAAAGAACAAGUCUAGAAGCUGGGCAAAGCCCGAAAAACCUUUGACCAGAAAACAGAUUGAGAAACUUGAACGAAGGAAAAAACGCGAGGACGAGAUGAAAGACUACCAAGGGUUUUCUGUCGAAAAAAGAUUGUAUAAUGGGUUUUUUGUGUGUCCUAAUAAAGACAUAAAAAUCUCGAGCAUUGUUGGCGACAAAGAAGAAGUCUUACAUUCUGUUCGUGCCGAAACUAAGUGUUACAUGUGGUAUGAACCUGGGGAGAAUACUUUUAUGGUUGUUGGGGAUAAUUACGAAAAUACCGAGGAAGCUACGAUGCGGAUCAAGAAUCUAUAUUUAAAAGCUUUUGCGUUACGAUCAAUUCCUAAAUUUUCCAAAGAUUCUGGAAACGAUGAUCAAUACCGAGGAUGGAGCUACCAUAUGAUAGAACAGCCUCAAACGCCCUCGAAAGUAAAAAUAGUCAUACCGCCAAAACAUCUAAAACUUCCUCACGAUGCGUUUGGUGAGAUAAUGGUAUUGGAAGCAGUGGCAUUUGAUGAGGAAAAAAAACUAGGUCAAACCGAGGAAGAGUGUAGAAGGAUGAACGAGGAAGCAUUGAAGAAAAAAACUGCUUAUAUAAUGUCUUUACAAUCCAUUAAUGUGAACAAUCUCGCAAAGAUUGAAAGAGCCCUUCUUCGAGGUUUGAGUACAGUACACUUACUUGAUGAAGAAAUAAAAAUGCGUGUUAGAUUUGGCCAUGUUUGUUUUACGGAUUUCCCAAAACAAACUUUAUGGGACGUCGAUAGACUAAACGAUAGAGUCUUGAGUGAUUCGCGAUUACAAUCCAAGUUCGCUAAUUGUAUUGCUGACAAUCGUCACGCGCUUGAACCAUUAUUCGAAGUGCUUUCAGAGAAUGAUAAACUAUGGGAAGGCUCUCCUUUCCGAGAAUUCAAAAUUCGAGCAGAGCACGGCGCUAAAAAAUGGGGUUGCACCUUCGAUGUGCAAUUCAAGAAAGAUGAUAAGAUUGGCUUAUGGAAUGCUGUAGCGCACGAAAAGCAUAUUUUGAACAUUAAUAUGACAUGUCUGGAAAACGAUUAUUCCUGGCGCAUAAGCUUGGAUGCUGCCAAACGUAUGACCAAUGACAAGCAUUCAUCGCAAGGGCUUUUUGUAUAUCGUUUACGCCUCAGCCCAGGCAAGCAUUUGAUCUAUACUAACACCGAGGAUGUUCGAGUAAUCUCUGUGUGUGAAAAGACUAAAUGGAAGCAUUGGUGGAAAGAUGAUUAUAUUGUUGAGGUGACCAGGUAUGAGUUUUGGAACUGCGAUCCGAACAAGCAGACUGGUGUAGAAAAUAUUCUGGAUCUUGAUGCGCCGGUGAACACAAGUUAUGGUGUUACGUUCUAUCGAAAGUCUUGGGACGACGACUUUGCAUUUAAUUGCAAUCUAAAGGUUGGCGAAGCACCAGAUUGGCAUCCUACUGAUGCCAUAGAUCGGGACAAAACUGGAGGAGUGGACAAGUUAUUAAAUGACAUUCGUGAAUUUAUGAAUACAUUGGAACAAAAAGUUCCCAUUAUUAAAUAA